CAGUCAUGAAUACUGUUAAAUGGCUUCUAAGAAUACUCCUUAUUUUUCUUCUUUCUCACUUCUCUUUUUCAGCUGACACAAUAACGCAACAUCACUUCAUCAAAGAUAACAACAAUGAAGUCAUAGUGUCUGGUGGCAAGAUUUUUGCACUAGGAUUUUUCAGCCCUGGCAGUUCCAGGAAUCGAUAUGUUGGCAUCUGGUAUUACCAGAUUCCGGGCAAGACAGUUGUUUGGGUAGCCAACAGAGACAAUCCCGUUAAGGAUACCUCGGGGAUUCUCAGAAUCGAUGGUCGAGGAAAUCUUGUCUUGUUCCAGGGAAACCAAACACUUCCUGUUUGGUCUACUAACAUCUCCAUCGCAGGCGCUAGGAACUCUUAUGCUCAAAUUUUAGAUUCAGGAAAUCUUGUUUUGAUUCACAAUGAUACCAGAAAGGCUGUACUGUGGCAGAGUUUUGGUUAUCCUACAAAUACUUGGCUUUCAUUUAUGAAAAUUGGGUUCAAUUUGAGAACCGGUCUGAACCAAGCAUACACGUCUUGGAAGUCUCCGGAUGAUCCAGGGGUUGGAAACUAUUCCUUCAGGAUGAACCCGGGCGUGUCUCCUCAAAUGGUUUUCUACAAGGGUUCGGUUCCUUUGUGGCGAAGCGGGACAUGGACGGGGCAAAGAUGGAGCGGCAUACCUCAAAUGACAAACAACUUCAUAUUUAAUGAUUCCUUUGUCAACACUGAUGAUGAAGUAUCGUUCUCGUCCGAUGCCAAAAACGCCUCCAUCAUAACAAGAUGGGUAACGAAUGAAACCGGAGUUGUUCAAAGAAUAAUCUGGAACAACAAAGCCCGACGUUGGAUUUUUUUACCGAUUCCCAAGGAACAAUGCGAUUUUUACGGACAUUGUGGGCCAAAUGGUUACUGUAAUCCUUAUCUAGGUGAUUUCGAGUGCACAUGUUUCCCAGGAUUCGAACCCAAAUCACAUGAAGCAUGGAUUGUAAGAGAUAGGACAGGAGGAUGCGUGCGGAAGCGUGAUGUCUCCAUGUGUGGAAAUGGAGAAGGGUUCGUUAAGUUUCCACAUGUGAAGGUGCCAGAUACUUCGGCACAUGCACUUGUAGACAUGAGUAUAGGGUUGAAGCAAUGCGAGGAAAAGUGCUUGAGAAAUUGUUCAUGCAUGGCUUAUGCUAGUGCAAACUCUGAGACCAACGGAGGGGUUGGCUGCUUGACAUGGCACGGAGAUUUGAUGGAUGCGAGGGCAUACACCGAGACGGGACAAGAUCUAUUCAUACGAGUCGAUAAAAACGAUUUAGCUCGGUAUACAAAGAAAGGUCUUAUUCAAAAGAAGGGAGUGCUUGCGGCUAUCAUAAUUUCUUCUGCUAUAGUGUUUCUCAUUCUUGUUGCCUUCUUGCGUUGCUUGGUACGAAGGAAAAGAAGAGAAGCAAGAACAAGAACAAACAAAAAUAUUUUCAGCUUUACCACUAGGACAUCCUUGUAUUUCGAGGAUUCCUUAGGAGAAAAGGAGACUGAUGAGAGCGGAAGAAAUGGAGAUUUACCAUUCUUUAGUUUGAGAACCAUAGCCGUUGCCACAAAUAAUUUCUCUUCUGAUAACAAACUUGGACAAGGUGGCUUUGGCCCCGUUUACAAGGGUGUGCUCUUAAAUGGAAAAGAAAUAGCAGUGAAAAGACUAUCAAAGCACUCAGGGCAAGGAGUACAGGAGUUUAAGAAUGAAAUACUGCUAAUUGCAAAACUUCAACACAGGAAUCUCGUAAGAAUGCUGGGAUGUUGCAUCGAGGGUGAAGAGAAGAUGUUAAUCUAUGAGUUAUUACCAAACAAAAGCUUAGACUCUAUCAUUUUCGAUGAAUCAAAAAGUUCACUGUUGGAUUGGAAAAAGCGUUUUGAAAUCAUAUGUGGUAUUGCUCGAGGAAUGUUGUAUCUUCACCAAGAUUCCAGGUUAAGAGUCAUUCAUAGAGAUUUGAAAGCGGGCAAUGUGUUAUUGGAUGCAUCGAUGAAUCCCAAAAUUUCAGAUUUUGGCAUGGCCAGAAUAUUUGGUGGAAAUCAAACAGAAGGCGAUACUAAACGUGUAGUUGGAACAUACGGUUACAUGUCGCCAGAGUAUGCAAUGGAAGGACACUUCUCAAUGAAAUCCGAUGUUUAUAGCUUUGGCGUCCUGCUGUUGGAGAUCAUAACUGGAAAAAAGAUUAGCAGUUAUUUUCCUGAUAGUCCGUCUUUGAGUCUGGUCGGACAUGUUUGGGAGUUGUGGAAGGAAGACAGAGCCACGGAAGUUGUUGACUCGACAUUAGGUGAUUCAUAUUCUACAGAUGAAAUCUUGAAUUGCAUUCAAAUUGGGCUGCUGUGCGUCCAAGAACAUGCAACUCAUCGACCAACGAUGUCUACGGUUGUCUCUAUGUUGAGUAACGAAGAAACUCUCCCGUCACCGGAACAACCUGGAUUUCUAGAGAAGAAAAGUCUUGAAGUAGCUAACUCUGUAAAUGUUGUAUCGAUCACUAUGAUUCAAGCUCGCUAGACAUAUAAUAUGUCCUUCAUAUCGAAACUUCAGCCAUCGUUAUUUCUGUUUUAGAUUAGAAAAGAUAUCAU